AUGCUGACAACUAACUGGCAAGCCGAUGUUGUAAUUUGUGAGAUUUUCAUAUUUAUGCCAAUUUAUACAGUAGUCCUAUCGGCUAUUUGGUUUAUGAGACCAAGGAAAGCAUCAUUUAGGACCCAUUAUUAUACUUUGGUUCUUUCACAGGGCGCCGCCGACUUCCUUACCGUAACAAUAUUUAUAACCCAAAUGCUUCCCAGAUAUUUUCAAAUCGGAAAUUCCUUAAUUUGGUGGUUAGACACGUAUAAUGCAUCGAAUUUCUAUGUGAAUUCCGGUCCCCAAAUGUUUAUUUUGCGCUCUAUCGGACUAUUUUUGAUUACAAUGCAAAGAUACGCAACGAUUUGUAGGCCACACGGAAGAUUGAGUCAUAUCCUAUCAGUCACCCCAUCAUACACUUUGAUUCUUUGUCAUUGGCUAAUUUCAUUGCUCAUCCAUAUGCCGGCUGUACUUGUCUGUCAUGCACAUUUUGAGAAUCCCGUGUCAUUUUUUGUCAUCACUUCUGAAGAACACAAAAGGACAAGUGCCGCCAUCGUCAUUUGCACAUUUGUGUUCUGUGGACUAUCCACAAUUUUUAUGUACUCGGGAAUCAUACGAAUUUUGUGCUCCUCGAGGCGUACUUCUGUUAUGAGCACUAGUAGUUGGCAAACCCGUCAGAAUACCUACCAAGAAGCUCGUCUAUGCAUUCACGUCUUCUUCCUAUGUCUAAUGUCAGCUGCCACAUUCUCCUACUACGUCUUCCAAGCUCUCUACUCAAAUGAACUCGGUGUAGGCGACGUAGUGAUAUCUGAAAUGAAAUCUUCAAAUGAUUCAAUAUCUCUGCAGCAAGAAAAUCUUCGAUCUCUUCGAUUAUGGUAUCCAUUGGUUUCUGGAAAUAUGAGUUUCAUCAAUCCGUUAAUGUUGUUAUUGUUGAAUCGAGACAUUCAAAAGUGUUUUGUCAAUUUUUGCAAGGGGAAGAAAAUGAACAAUACUAGCAGUAUACUAGCAAUGAAUAGAACUUUGUAG